AGUUGAUCAUUUUAACCAAUUGUCUACAUGGACCGCGAGAAAAAGAAUUUUGAAACUGACCAAUCAGAGCGGAGUGCUGGUGUGAACGAGCCAAUCAGAGUACAUCGAUCGUUGAUCGGUCGUGCGCGGCAGAGCAGCAGCAAAGCAAGGCGACACGAUGACCGGAGCCAAUGAGUUUAAGCUGACCCAGGGUCCGGAGGACAGCAUCUCAGCUGUAAAGUUCAGUCCCACUUCAGCUCAGUUCCUGCUGGUGUCCUCGUGGGACUCUACAGUUCGUCUGUAUGAUGUCAGCGCUAACAGCAUGAGGAUGAAAUAUCAGCACCUCGCUCCUGUCUUGGACUGCGCUUUCUACGAUCCGACUCACGCGUGGAGCGGAGGUCUGGACAAUCAGUUGAAGACGCAUGAUUUGAACACAGAUCAAGAUACAAUCGUCGGGACGCACGACGCUCCCAUUCGCUGCGUGGAAUACUGUCCGGAGGUCAACGUUAUGGUCACGGGCAGCUGGGAUAUGUCUGUGCGGCUGUGGGACCCCAGAACCCCCUGUAACGCCGGAACGUUCACCCAGCCGGAGAAGGUGUACACGCUGUCUGUGGCCGGAGACCGCUUGAUCGUGGGGACGGCGGGGCGUCGCGUGUUGGUGUGGGAUUUAAGGAACAUGGGAUACGUGCAGCAGAGACGAGAGUCCAGUCUCAAAUACCAGACGCGCUGUAUACGAGCGUUUCCCAACAAACAGGGUUAUGUGUUGAGCUCCAUUGAGGGCAGAGUUGCAGUUGAGUAUCUGGACCCGAGUCUGGAGGUGCAGAAGAAGAAAUAUGCUUUCAAAUGUCACCGACUGAAGGAGAACGGCAUUGAGCAGGUUUAUCCUGUAAACGCCAUCUCGUUCCACAGCAUCCACAACACAUUCGCCACAGGGGGAUCUGAUGGCUUUGUAAACAUCUGGGAUCCGUUCAACAAGAAGCGUUUGUGUCAGUUCCACCGAUACCCGACCAGCAUUGCGUCUCUGGCAUUCAGUGUGGACGGAUCUCUGCUGGCCAUCGCUUCGUCCUACAUGCAGGAACAGGGUGAUAUUUCACAUCCCGCUGAUGCCGUUUAUAUCCGUCAGGUCACAGACGCAGAGACUAAACCCAAAUCCACGUGAAUCCUGCCAUGACCUUAACGUCACUUUCUGCUCUCUGUGCUUUUUUUGUCUUCAUUCUUUUAAUUCUUUUCUGUCAACAAAAGAAAUUCAAUAAAUGUAUAUAUUUUCCUCUUUGA